GACAAAAAGAAAGGAUUAUGAACAUUGAAAAGAGACUGUCAUUUGGCGUGCUUGGGGUUGGAGAUGGAGACUGCGUAGACCUACUCUGAAAGACAAACGCACAGAAAAACAGAGCAAAAGAAGAUGCAGAGCACAUCCCUGCAAUACCCAAAGAGCAGUAGAACCAAGUGAUUCCACUCUCUCUCUCUCUUAUAUAUUUCAGGUUUUGCAGUGGAGCAAGUGGUCAACAAAGUAGGGGGGCGAUGGCUUGCAAGGUGGAAGCUUGUCCGGAGUGCACCAAGAAAUGUUUACUGGUUCAUGGGAGGAAGAAAAACUUAUCACCUCUAGUCACCUCUUUUUUCAAAGUCAUGAUUGGUGAUCGGUUUUCACAAGUCUUGUAUUUGCCCCCUAAAUUCGUUGCUACAGUGUCAUCAUUGGAAAAUCAGAAAACGUUUCUUGAGGACUCAAGUGGGCAGCAAUGGGGAGUAACAAUAUCCAAUCUUGAUGGCUCUCUUGCUUUUGAACAAGGAUGGAGUUCCUUUUCAUCAGACCAUGGCUUACAAGUUGGGGAUUUUUUGAUGUUCAGUUACAUUAUGGGAUCACACUUUGAUGUUAAGGUUUUUGAUACAACUGGGUGUGAAAAAAUAGAUUUUCCUGAGAACAGCAAUGCCAAGAAAAGAGCUAGGGUUGAUUGGAAUUGUACUGCCAAACAUGGCAAACACUACACAAUUGGUGAAGGUUCAACGAAUAAACACAGUUCAAACAUCUCCAUUGGAUCUGUGUCAGAUGUUGAAAUUAGUCAAAGCCAAUGCGAGAGAAAUGAUGUGGAACUAAUACUAAAAGCCUCUGAAAAUAUUUUGAAUGGUGAGAAGAGCAAGGAAAGGGCCAAACCUGUGUCCAAUGCAGAAUACAUUGAAGAGCCAUAUUACAUUAUCGAUCGAGAGGUUAGAGACAAACAAGGAAAUGAGAGGAGCGAUGUACUUGACUUGUUUAACCUGGAAACAAUUGGUGAUGUUAGGAAUAAAGCUGCAGUCGAAGAUGCAAGAUUCCCUAGACCAAAUCGGCAUCCCUUGACCAAAUCGGCUGUGAAACUUGAAGAAAAUGAAGAGAACAUGUCUAACAUAUCAAAUAGAGGAAUUACAAGGUGCCCAAUUGAUAAGAAGGCAUCCACUUCAGAUAAAAUAUCUUGUGAUGAUAAGAGAUCUUGGCAUCCCUUGACCAAAUCGGCUGUGAGACUUGAAGAAAAUGAAGAGAACAUGUCUAACAUAUCAAAAAGAGGAAUUACAAGGUGCCCAAUUGAUAAGAAGGCAUCCACUUCAGAUAAAAUAUCUUGUGAUGAUAAGAGAUCUUGGCAUCCCUUGACCAAAUCGGCUGUGAGACUUGAAGAAAAUGAAGAGAACAUAUCUAACACAUCAAAUAGAGGAAUUACAAGGUGCCCAAUUGCCAAGGGAUCAGGUGCUGCAGCAUCAAUCAAUAUCAGAAAACGAUCAGGUAAAAUAAAUAAAAUAUAUAAAGAAGAGCGAGUGGGGCUGACUCCAGAUUUUUGCAGUCGUAAGAAGAUAAUUCAAGGAAUAUGUGGGAAGGAGCCAAAGUUGAUUAAGGAGGAGAAUAAUCAGAGUUCUGAUAUGAUUGUAAGAGAUAAAGAUAUUGUUCCUGGAGUGGUGAAAGUUGAAAGUAUCGACGCUGUUGGAAUUUCCUCACCAAUUAGAGUGGUGGCCACAGAAAGUCAUUCUUUUCUUGUGUUGCCUUCAUGUUUGUCAUCUAACCAGGGAAGAGCAAAAAUGUCAAGGAAGGUUGUUCUCCUGCGAGAUCCAGCUAUGAGAUUGUGGCCAGUACUCUACCAAGAGAAGUAUCGUCUCAUACUUUUGACAAAUUGUUGGGAAGAUUUUAGCAAGGCAAAUGGCAUUCAACCUGGAGACGAGUGUGUUUUUGGGGUUGAGAGUGUCUCGGAGGGUAUAUAUAGUGUCAAAAUCGCCCGAAGGUGGUAAACAAAGCUGGACUUGCUUUUUUAUAUAUAAAUAGACCAGAAUUAUGUGAAGAACUCUUGGAAUUGUAAUCCAACAUCUAUGGGCCUCCCUUUU